AUGCUCUUUACCAAGUACACAAAUAUUUACCAAGCAGUACUUGUAAAUCAUACUUUGUAUUUAUCUGGAAUUCUUGGUGUUGAUGUUAAAACUGAGAAACUUGCUAUUGGCGGUGCUGUUGCAGAAGCUCGCCAAGCUCUUAUAAAUAUGGGACAUAUUCUAAAAGAAGCUGGAUCUGAUUAUGAUAAAGUUAUUAAAACAACAAUUUUUUUACAAGAUAUUAAUAAUUUUACUGGUGUAAACGAAGUUUACAAAGAAUUUUUCAAGGAAAACUAUCCAGCUCGAUCUACAUUUCAAGUUGGAAAGCUACCAAUGGGAGCACAAUUUGAAAUUGAAGCUAUUGCUGUUGCCGGUGAAUUAGAAACAAUUUAAAUAUUACAAGCU